AUGACAUCUAUGGAGAACAGAUCAAAAGUGGGAGAGUUCAUUUUUGUAGGAAUAACAGAUGUUCCAGAGCUUCAGAUGCCUCUCUUCCUAAUGUUCACACUUAUCUAUCUCAUUACCCUGGUAGGGAACCUGGGGAUAGUAGCUCUGAUCUCCUGGGAUUCUCGCCUCCAUACCCCCAUGUACUUUUUCCUCACUAAUCUAUCUUUGGUGGAUUUUGGUUACUCCUCAGCUGUUACUCCCAAAGUGAUGGCUGGGCUCCUCACAGGGGACAAGAUUAUUUCCUAUAAUGAAUGUGCAGCACAAUUUUUCUUCUUUGGGGUCUUUGCUACUACUGAAAGUUUCCUCUUAGCCUCCAUGGCCUAUGAUCGCCAUGCAGCUGUAUGCAAGCCCCUACAUUAUACCACUACCAUGACUUCAACAGUAUGUGCAUUACUGGCCAGUGGUGCUUACAUCUGUGGCUUUCUAAAUUCCUCCAUAAUCAUAGGAAAUACCUUUAGCCUUUCCUUUUGUAAGUCAAACAUAGUGAAUCACUUUUUCUGUGAUAUACCUCCUCUCCUAGUUCUCUCUUGCUCUGAUAUUCACAAUAUUGAAUCAGUACUUUUUAUCUUAGGGGUAUUCACUAUUUUUUUCCCAUUUUUUGUUAUUUUUGCUUCAUAUUUCUUAAUCUUCAUCACAAUCCUGAAGAUCCAUUCUGCAGAAGGCCGGCAAAAAGCCUUUUCCACCUGUGCUUCCCAUCUCACAGCGGUGUCUAUAUUUUAUGGGACAAUCAUCUUCAUGUACCUUCAACCUAGCUCAAGCCAUUCAAUGGACAUAGAUAAAAUGGUAUCUGUAUUCUACACCAUGAUCAUCCCCAUGUUGAACCCUCUGCUCUAUAGUGUGAGGAACAAAGAUGUCAAGAAUGCUUUUAUGAAAGCUGUAAGAGGAAUACGACUUUAA